GAUCAUGUCUGUCUGUCAUUUUAUUCGCUUGCGCUCGCAUGUGGUUUUGAGGUUAUAUUUACAAAAUUCUAGAUAUUGCAUUUUAUUUUUACUGAAAUAAAAUGUCAUUUCGUGGAAGAGGAGGUGGUGGUGGCCGUGGAUUUGGAGGUGGCGGCAGAGGACGAGGGUUUGGGGGCGGCGGCCGAGGACGCGGCGGCGGCGGAGGAGGCUUCAGGCAGCAGGACGCCGGCCCUCCCGAAACUGUGAUCCCCCUGGGUCACUACGGGUGGACCGUCCAGGACGACUUAGUAUGCAAAGUGGAUAUAGAAGACGUACCAUACUUUAACGCUCCCAUUUAUUUAGAAAACAAAGAACAAAUCGGGAAAAUCGAUGAGAUUUUCGGGAAUCUACGCGAUUACUAUGUAUCUGUAAAAUUGGGCGAGAAUAUAAAGGCGAAAAGCUUCAAAGAUGGACAGCAGUUCUUUAUCGAUCCAGCGAAACUAUUGCCUUUGAAGAGGUUUCUUCCUCAGCCUCCUGGGGCGAAGCGCGGCGGUGGGGGAAGAGGUGGACCGCGUGGAGGCCGAGGCGGAGGCUUCGGAGGUCGAGGCGGCGGUGGCUUUGGUGGUCGAGGUGGCGGAGGCGGUGGAUUCAACAGAGGCGGCGGCGGGCGUGGUGGUUUUAACCGUGGAGGCGGCGGUGGCUUCAAUAGAGGCGGCGGUGGCUUUAACAGAGGUGGAGGAGGCUUCAAUCGAGGUGGCGGUGGCCGCGGUGGAUUCCGAGGCGGAAGAUAGUGAUAGUGUGUUGGGUUUGUGCUGGACUGAUACGGAACCAAUUCACUGCAUUUGUUGAUGGCCCUCGCCAUGCAUAUUAGAUUUAAGGACUUUAGUUAUAAGAGUGACAUUGUAUAGAAUAUAUAUGUUUUUCUGCAUAAAGUAU